AUGAUUUAUGAUUAUUUCACGUACAACGGAAUCAGAUUUGCAAAUAGUCUACAUUCAAAGGACAUUCUCAAUUAUGUGGAAAAUGGAUUUGACGUUUUGGACGACGAUGUUUUCAAUGUAACCUACCCCAAAUCAGGUACUAACUGGAUGAUACAGAUCUUGAACUUAAUAAAGCACAAAGGGGAUGUCACACUUAGCAACAGUGUACCAUUCUACGAGAGAUCACCAUGGUAUGAAAGUAUUCCAGCUCAAACAGUGAUCAAGGACCUUGUACCUCCAAGAAUUAUGACUUCCCAUCUACCAAUCAGCAUUUUUGCUAAAUCUUUUUUCAAGUCUAAAGCUAAAAUUAUCUACACCGUGCGAAAUCCUAGGGAUGUCAUUGUGUCUGCAUUCUAUUUUAUCAAGAUUUUCAAAAUGUUUUCAGAAGUUGAACAUUUCCAGGAAUACUUAGACCACUUUUUACAGGGGAAUGCUAUGUUUGGCUCUUGGUUUGAACAUGUCAAAGGCUGGAUGCAAAUGAAGGAUGACAGCAGAUUCUUCUUUAUUGCAUAUGAGGAGCUCAUUCAGGACCUUCGAGGCAGUGUGGUGAGAAUCUGUAAAUUCUUGGGGCAGGAGCUAGAUGAUGCACAGAUUGACUCGGUUGUAGAACAUUCUGCUUUCACAGCCAUGAAGGAAAACAAGAUGUCUAAUUGGAGUCUUAUGCCCGAAGAAGUUCUUGAUCAUUCUAAAGGUUCCUUUUUACGCAAAGGAAUCUCUGGUGAUUGGAAGAAUUUAUUUACAGUAGCCCAGAGCGAGUAUUUCAACAAAAUUUAUCAGGAGAAGAUGAAAGACAUCAAUACAACUUUUUAUUGGGAAAAAUGAUAAUGCAGUCAUUCUAAUU